CCAAGGAAGUGCUGCAGGCAGCACCUGCUGGCUCCUGCUAGGCGGGGUUUCAGGGUCUCAUGCCAGGCCCUUGGGGACCUGGGCCCGCUUUCCGGAAACUUUGCAGCCUGCCCUGCCCUUCGUGCCUGUUGCUCUCGAAGCUCCUCCUGUGUGUACACACGCGGGUCCCUCUACCUGGCUUCUCCCCCUCAUGCCCCCCCCUUGCCUCCUCAGGCAGCUAUUAGCAUGACCAAAGAAUGUUCAGAAAGCAAAAUGCUUUGACAACAUGGGCUAACUGCGGCAGCUGCCGACUGUCACUGGUGGGUGAAUGGGUGGCAAUUUGACGGAAAUAGGAGUCCUUCAGGCUGUCGAUUUCAACCAGAAUGGGGUCCUCAUUGCUCGGGAUCUGUUCCUUGGUGGCCAGCUGUUUUCCCUCACAAUGUCAUGCUCACCCUGGUGCUUGUUCCCCAGGCCCACAGAAACCCGUAGGAGUGAAGUGAUUAGAGGAACUUCAGCUGUUUUGGUCUCUCUGAAUGGCCCUCUUUCAUCUGGAUACGCAGGGACAAGGGCCUUUUUAAACCCAAACAUCAGGGGAAGACCAGAGUCCCACAAGAGCCACUCGUGCUCUGGGUGGGACCAUCAUCCGGACACGGGGACUCCGGCCCCUUCCUUCCCUUUCUCCGGAGGGAGUGCAGGGCAGGCGCUCAGGGGCAGUUAAAGAUGCGAAGCCGGUUGUCAUGAACGUGUUUUAUUUCACGGACUUCUGCGUCUCCCUUCAGCCAGCUCACAGCUUCCGCUCUUCGGAGGUUUCCAGCCCAAAUUACUUAAGUGAGAGCUUUUUCAUGGUGAAAGGAGCAGCACUCUUCUUACAGCAGGGAAACAACCCUCAGAGCCAACGAAGCCUUCAGCAUCCCCACAAGCAUGCAGGUGACUUGCCCCAGCAUCUUCAAGUAAUGAUCAACCUUCUGCGUUGUGAAGAUCGGAUCAAGCUGGCCGUGCGCUUGGAGAGCGCCUGGGCGGAGCGGGUCCGGUACAUGGUGGUGGUGGACAGCAGUGGGCGCCAGGACACGGAGGAGAGUAUCUUGCUGGGAGUCGACUUUUCCAGUAAGGAAAGUAAAAGCUGCACCAUCGGGAUGGUUCUCCGGCUGUGGAGUGACACGAAAAUCCACCUUGAUGGAGACGGGGGAUUCAGCGUCAGCACUGCGGGACGGAUGCACGUCUUUAAGCCCGUAUCCGUCCAGGCCAUGUGGUCUGCCCUGCAGGUCCUUCACAAGGCCUGCGAAGUGGCACGAAGACACAACUACUUCCCUGGUGGCGUGGCGCUCAUCUGGGCCACCUACUACGAGAGCUGCAUCAGCUCGGACCAGAGCUGCAUCAACGAGUGGAACGCCAUGCAGGACCUGGAGUCCGCACGGCCCGACUCCCCGGCCCUGUUUGUGGACAAGCCAACUGAAGGGGAAAGGACUGAGCGCCUCAUCAAAGCGAAGCUCCGGAGCAUCAUGAUGAGCCAGGAUCUAGAAAACGUGACCUCGAAAGAAAUCCGUAAUGAAUUAGAGACGCAGAUGAACUGUAACCUGAAAGAAUUCAAGGAAUUCAUAGACAACGAGAUGCUCCUUAUCUUGGGACAGAUGGACAAGCCCUCCCUUAUCUUCGACCACCUCUAUCUCGGCUCUGAAUGGAAUGCAUCCAAUCUGGAGGAACUGCAGGGCUCAGGUGUGGACUACAUUUUAAAUGUCACCAGAGAAAUAGAUAAUUUUUUUCCUGGCUUAUUUGCAUAUCAUAACAUUCGCGUCUAUGACGAAGAGACAACAGACCUUCUUGCCCACUGGAACGAAGCGUACCAUUUCAUAAACAAAGCAAAGAGGAACCAUUCCAAGUGCCUGGUACAUUGCAAAAUGGGUGUUAGCCGAUCGGCUUCCACGGUCAUAGCCUAUGCAAUGAAGGAAUUUGGCUGGCCUCUGGAAAAAGCGUACAACUACGUGAAGCAGAAGCGCAGCAUUACACGGCCCAACGCGGGCUUUAUGAGGCAGCUGUCUGAGUAUGAAGGCAUCUUGGACGCGAGCAAACAACGGCACAACAAGCUGUGGCGUCAACAGAGCAACACCUGCGUCCAGCAGCCUGCGGACGACCCUGCAGGGUCGGGGGACUUCUUGCCGGAGGCGCUGGAUGGCACCCCGGAGGCCCGGCUGCCCUGCCUGGACGAUGCUGCCCAGCCCGCGUUCCCAGACAGCGGGGCCCCGGGAGGCCCCACUCUCCCCUGCUGCUUCCGGCGGCUCUCAGACCCCCUCCUGCCUUCCCCCAACGACGAACCUGGCAGCUUGGUCCACCUGGAGGAUCUGGAGAGGGACGCUCUGUUGGAGGAAGCGGCCGAGCCGACUGAGGCACACAUGCCAGCCAGACAUCCCCAGGAAGCUUCUGGACCCUGCGAGAAGGAAGUGAGGAAGAAGCUGGAGUCCGGGAGCCCCAAGGCCCAGAGGGGCUCCUCGCAGCAGGUGGAAGAGAUGGAAGGGGAGGAGGCCCUAGGGGCAGGGCGGUGGGGGCGGCCCCCACCCCAGCCCAGUAAAGGCCUGCUCAACCGGGAGAACCUUAACAACAACAACAGCAAGAGGAGCUGUCCCGACGACUUCGAGCACGAUGCUAUAUUCGGGAUCCUUAACAAGGUGAAGCCUUCCUACAAAUCCUGUGCCGACUGCGUGUACCCUGUAACCAGUGGGGCUCCUGAGGCCUUCAGGGAGCGGGGCGAGAACCCUGGAGCUCCCGCCAUCUGUACCCAGCCAACCUUCCUGCCCCACCUCACUUCCUCCCCUGUGGCCCACACGUCCAGCAGAUCCCGAGCUUUAGAGAAACUGGCGUCUGGCCCAAGCGAGAGUCCCCCAUUGGUACCACCAGCAGGCUCGAGGAGGUCAGACGUCGGUGGCUCCGGGGCCGCGGCUGCCCCAGAACUACCAGCUAGCCUUUUGGAAUCUUCCAGAGAAACCCAAAAAGUCCUGCCAAAGUCCCUCCUUUUGAAGAAUUCUCACUGUGAUAAGAAUCCUCCAAGCAUGGACGUAGCGAAGGAUGAAUCGCCGCCCAAGAAAGAUCUGAAACCGGCCAAGGACCUGCGGCUUCUGUUCAGUAAAGAAGCCGAGAAGCCGACAACCAACAGCUACCUGAUGCAGCACCAGGAAUCCAUCAUUCAGCUGCAGAAGGCGGGCUUGGUCCGAAAGCACACCAAAGAACUGGAGAGGCUGAAGGGCACGCCCGCAGACCCAGCGUCUCCCUGCAGGGACGGCCCCGCCGGCAGGCUGGAGGCCAGCGUCCCCGAGGAGAAUCCUGAUCUGGCUCCUGUCCACCCGCCAGGGCCCCCGGCCCUGCCCAGUCUCGCUGGGAGCGAUGACAAGUCAGAGGCCAUCCCGCCUCCGUUCGAAGGCGCCUCACUCAAGAGCCCCACUCCCUUCCUCUGCCGCCUGGAUCACACCAGUCACUUCUCAAAAGACUUCCUGAAGACCAUCUGCUACACCCCCACGUCCUCCUCCAUGAGCUCCAACCUGACGCGGAGCUCUAGCAGUGACAGCAUCCACAGCGUCCGAGGCAAGCCAGGCCUGGUGAAGCAGCGGACGCAGGAGAUCGAGACCCGGCUCCGGCUGGCGGGCCUCACCGUCUCGUCCCCACUGAAACGCUCACACUCUCUGGCCAAGCUUGGAAGUCUCAACUUCUCGACAGAGGACCUGUCCAGUGAGGCAGAUGCGUCCGCCCUCACCGACUCCCGGGACGCCAAGUCGAGCGAGUCUUCCUUCUUGCGUGAGCCCCAGGCGACCCCAAGGAACCCAGCCACGACCUCUCAACCAUCAGGGAAAUCUGCUUCAGAACACUUGAGAAGCCCCUCGUGGAUGAGCAAAAGCUGACCCGCCUCUUGCUGUAUUCGGACAUGUUUUCACGUGGUCCCUCCCUCUGUUUCACUGUGGGUUUUGGCCGUGAUGUCUCUUAAAUGAUUGACAUUCUAACUCUCCCCACUCUCGCCGCAGAGAGGAGGAGAGAAAACAAGAAUAACCCAGCACAAGAAGAAAGGGGGGGUGAUGCCAGUGGGGUGGCCCAGGAGAGCCAGAAGCCGUCGGCCAGUAGAUACAAAACUCCGAUCCCCAAGUCCUGUGUUUUCAGGAAGAAUCCUGUUCUUAAAAAGAGCAUAUACAGAUAUGCACACACAUCCCGAAUACUCCAUUUGCACCGUGCAAAAGGGUGGCAGUGGUGACAUUUCUGUCGCCACGGCGCACGUUCCUAGCUCAUUCAGGCCCUUGCGGGGAAACCCUUGGAUGGCAAUAUAAGUCCUACCUCUGUUCUUGCUGUGCUUUUUAUUUUUAAAAUACAGUAGUGACCAAGGCUCCUUCCAGGGAAUAAUGCUGUGUCAGAAAAGGUUUUUCCAAAAGAGAAUUUUUUUUUUAAUUUUUAUUUGGUGGGGACCCCCAAAAAGUGUUAAAAGACUUUUUAAGUCGACUGCACCCACCACCGCUAGGUAAAGUUAGACAAGGCCGUGGAAUGCUGUUGUUGAACCAACUCUGUGGUGCGUGGAGAUCAUCUGUGCAGUUGGAUUCCUUGUCCUGGUGUGUUGUCCCAGCGGAGCGGCGUGUGUCUGGCCGGCCCUGGGGUGAAGAGGGGGGAUGUGUAUAUGGGACGUCCUCAGUCAUUGCUAAUGCUGACGUGUAAGUUGCCCCUGGUCUGGGGAGAAGGACCCAAAAAGCAUCACCGCGCCUCAUCUGCUGCUAAACCCGAUGUGGUUGCGUUGAGGCUUUGAAAGCGCUUGAGCGUCUGGCAGGGGCGGUGGGUCCGAGACGUGGAUCGGCCUGCCAGGAGCCCGGGCCCUUGGGCUCAUGAGGUCACCGGAGCAUGUUCGGGGAGGAAAGGGGGCUUUAAGCGGUCAUGAGCAGCUCUGCCAGUCGCUCUCCAGGAACAGCCCUGCAGCUUCUCGGAGAAACAAGACCAUUGAAAAGCUUCACAGAUGUUUACAGUCGCCCCUUCCUUCCAUGAGGCUACUGUUCCCUAUCUCUCUUUGGCCCUUCCUAGCGGUGAGGACAGAGUAGAGGAGGGGUAGGGGUCUGUAGUCCUGGCCUGGGCUGGGGGGUGGGAUGGGGGGGCCUUCAGAAUCAGGUGAGCUGAGCCUGUGACACUCACUGGCCCGGGCCCCGGGCCUGGGCGGAGGGAGUCCGCUGGUGUCGGUCGGCAGGACGGGCUGUUUAAAGUAUUUUGAAGAGAGAGAGAGCAGGGAAAAGGGCUUGGUAGUAAGGCAGAAGGGUUUCAUCCAGGGAGUCCGCAGCGCUGUUAUACAGACCCGUGAGCUAAGGAUGGCUUUUAUAUUUGUAAGGGGUUAUUAAAAACAACAACCUAAUCUGCAACAGGGACCGUGUAGCCUGCACAGCCCAAGAUCCUCACGAUCGAGCCCUUUCUAGAAAAGGUUUGCUGACCCUUGGUUUCAUUUGACAACACAGGGCUGCCCGGGGCCCUCCAGGAAGAAACUGGCAGAUCUGAAGCCCUCCUCCCCUGCCUCUUGGACACCUCAGGCCCAACCCUUGCCUUCUCCUGACCCAGACCUUGCCCACCCACCCCUGCGUGCUCUCCUGCAGGGUGGGGGUAGCUGCGUAGGUAUGGGGCGCUGCCGGCUGAAGCUUUCUUUUGCACUCAGCUGUCAGCCAGAUGUAUUCAGUGGAACUAGAAGCCUUCCGGCGCCAGCCAAGCUCAGAAAGUGGCCGAAGGAACUGCCAUCUUGUAUCUUAACAGUGGUCGGACCUGGGUCCCCGAGAGCAGCCAGAGAGCACCCCAGGCAGGGUCUUCAGGAACAAGGGUGGACAAGGGUGGUCCACAUUUCAACUGGUGGGUGGAGUUUGUGCCGAAACACUCUCUCCAGGAACUUUUCCUCCCCAGUGUUGUUUUUUUUUUUUUGUUUUUAACAUAAUGUUAUUUUAUAGGAAUUUGUUUUCCCACCCCUGUCAAUUGAAAUCACCUUAAAAGGUGAUUAUCUACUUCUUCCUGGAAACCCUAUUGGGGUUCCCCUCCCCUGCCCCCCGCCAAAAGAAACAUCAUUCUCCAAAAACAUAAUUGAGUUCAAUAUGUUUUGCCAAAUUAAAUUUCGCGAGGUGGCUCCAUUUUUGUGUCAGAUGAUCCUUUAGAUUUGAUGCUGAUGGGCUUAUGUUGCUCUUUUAACCACACGUCUGGUGUGUGAGAACAAUAUAUUUUUGCAAACUUUAAUUUUGAAAGCGUAGGAGGAGGAUUACAAAUUGGAGUGAGUCUUCGGCCUUUGGUGACCCUUUCGUUUUCACAAGCACGGCUUGUAGGUCAGCAUCUACACAGACCAGGGCCCGGGUCCCCAUUAUCAAAGCAAAAUGGUGGCGUUCUUGAUUGGGUGGAUAACACCGUGGCCUGGAGGAAAGUAUACGAACUUUUUUCCAUGACUCACUGGCCUCUGAAAAGAAAGUCUGUGCCAUAAGAUAGGCCGCAUCUUGACCAAUGCUCUGUCUGGAAUCUUUGCUGAUGGCAAACGUGCUGAACGUGGGGGGCACAAGUGGGAGGCGGGGGUUUCUGCUGGUGAAAGCCAUUGAUCCUGGUGACCACCAUCUUCAGGGAAUGUCCUUAUUGAAAUGGAGAGCGGGAUUUUUCUAGAUCAGCUGGAUAAUCUCCCUGAGUCUUGAACUGCCUUUCAUGUCCCACCUCGCCUCUGUCUCUUCUACUGUAAUUCAGGCGGCGUGCCGCAAGUUAGACUGACCUUCCCUCCAUCUUCAUCUUGCAUUGAUCCGGGGUGGGGUAGAGGGUCUUCUUGUCAAGCUUUGUUAAGUACGAGGGGGAAACCGGAUCCGGAGAGAGGAGGAACCACGCUGCCCUCUGAUCUUGAUUCCAUAAUGCCAAUUUCAGUUUCUCUGCCUUCAUGCUACUUUAGGGUGUUGAAGCGAUGGUCACCGCUGAAGAACCUCAGCACAAGGCUUCUUGCUCUUGGCAUUCCCCGUUUCUUUGAUCUCUUCGCGGGGACCCAUGCCGACCUCUGGGUGCCCAACAGCACGCUCCUGGGUGGUGACACCGUUUGCAUGCGUGAGAUCACUCACCAGCUGCUCCCAGGUGGCCGCACUGUCCAGCCUUCCCUUCCGUUCCACCCCACCCCUCUAGCCAAAAACCAUUCCAGCCCAUUCUUAAAGCCUUUUCCCCCCUGGAUAAGCCCAGAGGAUGCCACAGGGUGGAGCCAAAGUUGCAAGAGCAUUAGCAUCUUCAGGACAGCCCUGUACUUCGGCACUCUUGUCUCUCCACCCUGGCCCGAUCCCAGAAGGUUCAUGACUCCCCCGGCCCCCCUGGGGCCUUUCCUCCCCAGUGAGAAGAAUUGAUGCGUCAUUUAGGCACGGUCAUAUACGUGACCUAACCCAAAAUCUCUGUUGACCAGAAAGGCUUUGUUCCAGAAUACAUUCCGCCCAACCCUCCUCUGGCUGGCCACCUAGCAGAGCUUCCCCCGGACCCGGUGAGGACAGCCACGUGACCUCCGGCAGGAGAGCUAGGCAGGCUAAGGAACUGGCGACACUUAGCACAGCGAAGGUGCCCCCACUCCGCUGCCAUCCCACAGGUUCUUGCCAAUGCUGCAUGCCAAACAAAGGGAGUUGAUUGAGCCCCCCAUGCUCAGCUACUUGGUCUUUUUAUUGUGUACUCUGCAACUGCAUACUUAUGUAUAUGAGCUCACUCUGCAUACAUACAUAUAUAUAUAUGCAUAUAUAUAUAUGCAACUUGAAUCAAAUCAUCUUGUGGGUCACUUCUCUCCCAUCCACAUACAUGCUGUGUCACCCUAGUACAAAGCGGAUCACCUUGACCGAUGUGGAAUGGGGCCGUGUGCAGCGCUACUCCUUGGAGACCCGGACAUUGACACCCCCCCUUUUUGUCUAGCGGUAGGUGCCACGGCCCGGCUUCGGUCAGUCUCUGCAACAGGAGUCUUUACAACCAGCCCCCCCUCAGCCCCUCUGCUGUCCUUUGUGUUGGCCAUGCCACACAAGAAGGUGGCUGCUUCCUCCCCCUUUUCCGACACUGUAAUUAUUGUUUUACAAUUGAGUGCCUUAAUAAUAGUUUACAAAUACUGUGUAUUUAUGGGAAACUGGUAAGCUCUCACCUUCUGUGAUUGGACCUUUGCCUUGUCAGUGGUGGUUAGCGUGAGGGCUGGAGCUCGCCCUACCCCGUGCUUGUGCUCAUCUGCUGUGCGAUCGUAUGCGGGGGUGGGGGGGUGCCCCCCGCAACUGUCCAAGGAGCUUUGGUGGUUCCUGCAGGCGAGGCAGGCACUGGCUUACAAUGUGUCCCACGGUAGCAAGGAAAGCACAGAACUUGGUUUGCUAGCCAGCCGGGGGUGCACUGCCCCCUCCCCCCAUCACACAGUUGUACUCUUGUUUAAUAGAGCUGUGUUACCACCCAGGCCUCCCUGUUUUCUCCUCCGUUGGUGUCCUGAGCUCGCUGCAACCAAAUGCGGGGACAGACACCAGCCCCUGCAAAAUCAGGAGCUCUCUAAGAUAAGUUCUUUGGUUCUCAGAAGCUGCCAGUGGGUUCCAGCGUGUUGCGUUAAGAGAUCAAUGAUUUUUUUUUAUUCUAUUGUUUUUCUUCGUGUUUUUUUAUAUUAUAUAUUUAAAAGGCAGUAUCUUUUGUACUGUGAAUUUGCAGUAGAAGAUGCAUAAUGCACUUUUUUUUUUUUACUUCUGUUGGUGUGUACUGUAAUAGUCUGUGUGCUUGUGAUGAAAAUAAACUUUUUCUUUAUAAA